GUAGGGACUAAAUCAGGGAUUUUUUUAGUUUAAGGACCAAAUCGGAGGUCCGUACAAUAGUUCAGGGACCAAAAAAAAGUUUUAACCUAAAUUUUAAUGAUCAAUUGGAGUUUCUUUGGACUCGCAUUGACAAGACAGCCUUGAUGAAUGACAGGCAGCUCCGUUGAGGACUCCCACGCAAGCGCAAACUCUCGCACGUGCUACAAGUCUGCCCGGACCCGCCGAGGAAGCCCGACUCGCUUCCCACCAAGAAGGAUCGAGUGAAAUCGGGUAUAACCGAAUUUCGGAUCCGAGUCAUUCUCUCGGAUCCAAUAGUCAACAAAAUAAUUGCCAGAGUAAUAACGGUGACCUGCAAAGUUCAAAACAAGAAUGGGCCAAUAAUAAUAAGCUCAUGAUAUGCCAAAAGCGAACCCAAUAGAAACCAUUAGGCCCAUACCUAAGGCUUAAGCCUAACUCAUAAUUUUUUUUUCCUUUUUAUUCCAGUACCACACAUUUAUUUUUUUAUAUACAUGUGGAUUUUUUAUUUUUAGGUUGCGUGAACGACAAUCCUUGUUGAUCUUUUAACUCAGCAUACUUUUUCUUCCUUCUAUUAAAAAAAGAAAUUAGCACUAAAGUGGUUGACAUGAGAAAAAAGUUUUAUAAAAUAUCUUUCAAAAUAUUAUAUUUUUAAUUAAUAUUUUUUUUAAAUAAAUAAAGUUAAAUAUUAAUUUUGAGUCCCUCAACUUUAUAAUAUUGCAUAAUUUUAGUCUUUCAAUUUUUUUUUUAUCUCUCAAUUUUAAAACCUACACAAUUUUAAUCCUUCCGUUAAAUAAAACUAUUAACUCAAUCCACGUUGCAUUUUUUAAAUCUUUUCUAAUAAUAUUGAUGAUACAACUUAAAAAGGAUGCUAUUAUGGACAGGACUUUAUGUCAUGUUAUAUUUUUGCAAAUCAAAGACGCCAAAAGCUGGUCAAAUGGAUCCCACAUUACACUACAAAGAUUAAAUAAAGGGGUAAAAUAUCUGUGAACUCUAUAAUGCUCUCUCAUCUCCACUACAUCCGUAAAACCGAUCUUAACCCAUUUCUUUUUCUUCUUUUUUCUCAGUGAAACCUUAGGAGAUCCAAAUG